GGCCGCGCGCAUUGAGCAAACAACAAACUCCGGACUUUCUUGCCCAAGGACUCGCCGACACCCUUGCAGCCCCAAAGAACAAACCGGUUCAGCAAUCUCAGCUCAAUUCCGCACAAUACUUAGGCACAAUCCCUAGGGCGGACAAUCGGCAUGACAUAGCAAAAGAGACGGGCGAGUCUUUGUUGAGCCCGACUACCGAAAUAGGUCGGCAGCACUAUCGAGGUCAUCGGUCCCGUCCCUUUUAGACACUGUAGGUACUUCGUACCAGGGGCCGUUUCGAUAAUGGACGGCGCAUCUCGUCGACGGCCCUGGGAGACCGACAGCACUAUGCCCACCAAUACAGACACCGAGAACGAAAAAGAGCCCACCGACGCUGACAAGAACCCUUUAAACAGCCCAUCCCCGUCGCCCUACAGCGAAAAUGAAAACGAACGAGAAGAAGCCGAAGACGACCCGAUCCUCCCCUACCUUCCGCACGAACACAAAUCCCUGGCCGGUAUUGCCGUCCGUUCCUUCGCCCUCGGCAUCGCACUCGCCGCCGGCCUGAUCGCUACUUUUACCAUCCUCCUCGCGACAUCUUCACCGCUGUGGCGCCUCCCCUUCUUCGCCGCCGCCCUCGCCCUCUUCCACUUCCUCGAGUUUUGGACCACCGCCACCUACAACACCCGCGCCGCCGAGAUCGCCUCCUUCCUGCUCACCUCCAACUGGCCCGCCUACGCCAUUGCCCACACCGUCGCCGCCCUAGAAUGCCUCGUCGUACAUACCCUAUGGCCCGGCGCGAGCUGGACGCCUCUCGGCCCCGGGUUCGGCCGGGCCGCGGCAGCUACGGGGCUGGCGCUGGUGGUCGUGGGCCAGGCGGUGCGCAGCGUGGCCAUGAUCCACGCCGGGCGGAGCUUCAACCACCUGGUGCAGAACCGCCGGCGCGAGGACCACGUGCUGGUCACCAGCGGCGUGUACGGGGUGCUCCGGCAUCCGAGCUACUUUGGCUUCUUCUGGUGGGCCCUCGGCACCCAGAUGGUCAUGGGAAACGUGGUCAGCUUCGUCGGGUAUGCGGUGGUGCUGUGGCGCUUCUUUAGCAGCCGUAUCCGGCAUGAGGAGGCCUAUCUGGUGGCGUUUUUCGGGAGCGAGUAUGUGGAUUAUAGGAGGAGGGUCCGGACCAGGAUUCCGUUCGUGCCGUAGCGGCGUUGUACAACUAGAGAUACCGGAUAUUAAGUGGGAAAUGGGUGGGAAAUUUAUGGUAUAGACGGGAGAGGAAAAGUACCAGGGGACGGUAUGGAUUGUAUUAUAUUAUAUAUUGUGUCCCCCGGAUGUGUUCGUGGCUUGUCAUUCGGCGUUCUUGCUACAUAGCAAAAUCAAGCAAAAAUCAAACCGACUUCCAUCUAUCUAAUAA